GCUAGCUUUCGGAGAAAUUACCCGCACUUGUAUCCUAGCGCUACAUAUCGACAUUGACGAGGACAGCAACUCGCUAGCUUCCCGCGUUUUGAGACUCAACACCGACUCUUAAGCACGGUAAGCGAUAAUCUUACCUGAAUAUCUGCCGCCUGCGAUCAUAUCCGUUACUAUACCAUCCAAGCUGCCGCGCAAAUGGUUGAAUCUACACCACGACCCAGUAACAACGAGUUUACAAUCGGCUGGGUCUGUGCCCUUCUGAAAGAAUACAUUGCCGCCCGGGAAAUCCUGGACGAAAUCUACGACGAGAGAAAUGGCUUCUUGAGAGCCGAGGAUGGUGCAAACUACUACACUCGGGGCAGAGUUGGGCCUCAUAAGGUGGUAAUCGGAUGCCUUCCUGCCGGGAAAUAUGGGUUAGUAUCCACAUCCGGAGUGGCGGAGGAUAUGAAGAGAAGAUUCUUAUCCAUCCGGCUUGUCUUUAUGGUGGGCAUCGGUGGCGGCGUACCGAACGCGACGACUGACGUGCGUCUUGGGGAUGUGGUGAUCGGGACCAGGGUUGUCCAAUAUGGCUUCGGUAAAAGGACACCGGAUGGAUUCAAGAUCACUGGUGAGACUUUUUCCCCAGCUCCAGAAUUUCGUCCUUCAAUAGAUGCCCUGAGAAGGCGUCUUUCCAUUGGAACCGAUCUACAUGCGAAUCUGGAAGCAACAUUCGACAAGUCCCAGCCUACUAGAGAUACAUUCCGUAGGCCUGCAGCGCACACAGACCGACUGUAUGCACCCGAAUAUGUACAUACAAGAGAUUGCGAAUGUACAGGUGAACAAGCUGAAUGGCAUCUCCAUCUGAUCCAGCGCCCUCCUCGCAGAAACAGGUUGAUAGAGGUCCAUGAAGGGACAAUUGCAUCCGCUGACCAGGUUAUGAAAGAUGCAAAGACAAGAGAUCAACUCGCACAUGAACUAGAAGCCAUUUGCUUCGAGAUGGAAGCCGCGGGGCUUUCAGAUACCUUUAACUGGAUCGCGAUUCGCGGAAUCUGUGACUAUGCUGAUGCUCACAAGAACGACCAAUGGCAUGGCUAUGCUGCUGCUGCUGCCGCCGUCUGUGCCAAAGAGCUGCUGCUCACUAUUCCUCCGGUCAAUCCCACAGGCAUGGAGCGUGUGAGCGAGCACAAACGGUGGGAAGUCGACCGUGCGGACUUCAUGCGGGUGCUUGAAAAACUGCCCACUGGAAUAGUGACGACCAUGCACAGUGCCCUCAUUGGAACCUGCGUAUUGCUGGCCAUUUUUGGGCAAUUGAUUUGGUCCUUCUAUCUCUGGAUGUUAUCAGUGGCAGCGAACAUCCACUCACCCGACUUCAACCCUCCGAUGAAAGCAGCUCAGCCCAUGGAGGGUCCUACGCAGCAGUUCGGGGGUGCACCCAUACAUAUAAACAUCCACGUUGCCCAGCAAGCAGUGUCCCACGCACGAAGGCAAAGUGAAGUGGAUUGGAUAGAAUCCCCACAUCAAUGCCCGACAGAGUUUUCUACCGUACAGUGGAAUGGUGCUGAGAGAGAAAAGGUGUUGGGCAGUACCGCAGAACUUCUCCAAGGGGUCCGAACCCUGAUGGGCAAAGAGAUCAGCAGAAACAUUUCGAUAAGUAUCCCACAUGAUACUGGUGGUCCGCUUUCACCUGUCGACUCGAGCUGUGACCCAUUUGAUAGGGUACCUUGGCAGCGACAAGACGCAUCAAAUGAGAGGUCGGAUUCUGUAUCGAGUGCAUCCAAGCCCCCGGUGCCUCCACGUUCCAAGAAACCACGCGGCUACGUGUCGAGACGUAAUACACAGAUUCCAGUUCCUAAUUCCAUAGCGAGGAGGAACAAACAAUCAGCAGAGCACAAAAGUAAUAAAUCUCAAGAAGCCGGCGAGGAAGUUCCAGAAAUUGUGGCUCUAAUCAAUGAAUUUCGGGGACGAGCAUCAAUAAGCGCUUACGGCAAUGUUCAUGUACGAGGCCAAGAGUUCUUCGGGCAAUUCGUUGUUGACGGCCUCUCCAUUGCGGCACCAUCUGCAACCCUCCAGUACGAGAGCCUCGAAGAUUUAAAUGGCGAUUACGAAAUUGAUACCGGGUCGUCAUCUGUUGGCCCGAACGACGUGAAGAUCGCAGCUCACAAUUCUGGAGGAAAGACUGUUUCGCUCAGUGGUGAGAUCAUGCCGCCUGCUCCUUCGGGACAGGGAGUCGCUGGCGUUAUUCGCUUCAGUAUUCGUCGUUAUUAG